AUGAAGAACCUUAUGUAUCGCUAUUUCAUGAAAAACAAAACUUACCGAUUUGUGAAUGUGUUGCAAGACUUGGUGAAAAGUUACAACAACAGACCUCACAGAUCUUUGGGUGGCAAUGCUCCCCUUACUGUCAACCAGGGAAAUGCUGAUGAAAUAAGACUCGAUGCUUAUCUUGCGGGAACAAAACCAAAAUCGGAUCUGAGAAAAAAGAAUGGUAACCAGCAUACAUCCAAGAAAACAAUGAAAAAAAGAGUAAAACCAUUUUUCAAGUUAAAAGUUGGAGAUAAUGUCAGGAUAUCACAGCUUAAACACCCUUUUCAAAGAGACUAUCAACAGAAAUGGACAGAAGAAUUUUUCAAAGUCGUUAAAAGAUACAAAAGGGGUCAAAUACCUGUAUACAAAGUACAAGAUUUGGCAGACGAUCCUAUAGAAGGCACCUUCUACCAAUCUGAGCUUCAAAAAGUUGUCAAGUCUGAAGAUGUUGCCUAUAGAGUUGAAAAAAUUCUUAAAAGGAGGCGUCGUGGAAAAACCAAAGAAGUAUUUGUAAAAUGGGAAGGAUGGCCUAAGAAAUUCAAUUCUUGGAUUCCAGAAAGCUCUCUGGAAAAGCAAUAA